AUGUCGGGACUCGACGUAGAAGCCUUGCUCGAGUCUACGGCGGCUGCCCCUGCCGAUGUACCCGUCAAACCCGAAGACCGCGACGAUCGCGAUCGAGCGGACCAGGAUGGACGCCGGGAUCGAGACCGUUCCCGUGAUAGAAACCGCCGCAGAGACCGCAGCCGAGACCGUCGCCGUGACCGAGAUGCCGAUGGCGAUGAGGACAUGAAGAGCCCUCGAAGCGAACAUGGCAGUGCUAACGGAAGCCAGAGAAGCCGGAAGAGGAGCCGUAGCCGUGAUAGUGACCGACGUCGCCGUCGUGAUCCCAACAGUGAUGACCUCCGCUCCAGCGGCGACUUUUAUCGUGGGGGAGGACGUGCUCGCACUCGUUCACGAUCCCCCGAUGAUGACCGACAUUAUCGCCCCUCCCGACGGGGCGGACGAGAUGAUGACCGCCGCCCUCGCCGUGAUCGUGACGGCCGCCGUCGCAGCCCUCGUCGACGGAGCCCCAGCAAGUCCCCUGAACUCAAUGAAGAUGAGCGGGAUAAACGAACAGUUUUUGUGCAGCAACUUGCCGCACGUCUGAGAACUAAAGAGCUGAUGGCCUUUUUUGAAAAGGUCGGUCCCGUCAAGGAGGCUCAAAUCGUCAAAGAUCGUGUUAGUGGUCGAUCGAAAGGUGUCGGUUACGUCGAAUUCAAAAGCGAAGAAUCCGUCCCUGCUGCGAUUCAGCUUACCGGCCAGACGCUUGUAGGCAUUCCCGUCAUCGUACAGCUUACCGAAGCCGAAAAGAACCGUCAAGCACGUAAUCCGGAGGCCAGCUCGAGCUCUGGACACUCCGCACCAUUUCACAGACUCUAUGUGGGUAAUGUUCAUUUCAGCAUCACUGAAACCGACCUCCAGAAUGUCUUCGAACCAUUCGGCGAGCUGGAGUUUGUUCAGCUGCAAAAGGACGAGACGGGUCGGAGCAAAGGAUAUGCAUUUGUGCAGUUCCGUGACCCCACUCAGGCUCGUGAUGCCCUGGAGAAGAUGAACGGAUUUGAUCUUGCUGGUCGAGCCAUUCGUGUGGGCCUUGGCAACGAUAAGUUUACCCCUGAUUCGAGCGCGACUCGUCCGCAGGGCCCUUCUGCAAACCAACCCAAUUUCCAGGGCUCUUCCUUUUCCGGUCAUGGAGGGCGAGGCCUCCAGGCUGGUGGCUCGAACAACUUCGACCGUGCCGGCGGCGGCAGAGAAACCGAAAAGUCCACCGGUGCCAGUGCUCUUGACGACACAGAUGUUUCUGGGGUGAACUUCAACAACUACAGUAGAGACGCGUUGAUGAGGAAACUCGCACGUACAGAUGAACCCGAGCCUUCAAUCCACGAGCAACAGAAGAUGCUCCGGCCCAAGACCGAAGUGAAGCCGCUGCCCGUGAACGUGAACCAGGCGAGCCGCUGCGUCUUGCUUCGCAACAUGUUCGACCCUGCCGAGGAAGAAGGCGAAGUCUGGAUCAAGGAGUUGGAGGACGAUGUCCGCCAAGAGUGCGAAGAAAAGUACGGCCAUGUUGUUCACAUCUCACUAGAUCCGAACUCCCAAGGCGACAUCUACCUGAAGUUCGACCGUGUUCAAGGCGGCGAGAAUGCCAUCAAGGGCCUGAACGGCCGAUUCUUCGGCGGUAGGCAGAUCACCGCUCAACCCGUUGUGGAUGCCGUCUACAGCAGUCUGUUCUCGCGCACCCGGGCCAUCUAACAUGUCGACCGCUCAAUUCUGUGGGUCUUAAUGGCCCUUAUCUAACAUGGCACAUUCUUUUUCAAGCAGAUCCCCCGUCAUGUUUUCUCGGCUCUUGAUGAUUCUGCUCUUGGUAGGUGCCAACCUUCGCGUUGUUCGUCUGUCACUACACGGAGCCUUCUCGAAAUGAUCUUGUCUUUAGGAGCCUGUAUCGAAUUCAAUUCCAAGCAGUCCUGCUGGGCUUUUUUAACCUUUA